AUGGGAGGUUUUACUUCAUUUUUUCAGCCGGUUUUAGCUCUUGAAAUCAAAUGCAAUAUGGUAGGAGUGACGGGCUUCACACCGAGUGAUCCCGAAAACCAUCGAUGGUUUCUGAAGUUUCGAUGCAUGAACUGCGGAGAAUCUCGUGAUUACUGGCAGUAUGUGGUUAUCAAUGAAGUUCUGGAAGUUCCUGGUAGUCGUGGAGAGGCGAAUCUUGUUGAGAAAUGUAAACUUUGUAACCGAGUGAACACAGUUGCUAUCGUCCAAGAUUCAAUUGGAAAGUAUGAUGCUGCUGAUCACAACGAAGAAUGGCAGCCUAUGAUCCAACUAGACUGUCGCGGUCUGGAGCCUAUCGACUUUGAUCCGAGGGUAUGUGGAAAAACAUUUUUAUCCGGUUAUCCGUUCGAUUUUGGAAAUCCUUGCCAUUCUAUGGCUUGGGCCGACUAUGACGAAAAGGCUGGUGAGGCGACAGAGAUCAGUGACAUUGAAGUAAGAUUCGUUCAUGCUAAACAGAAAUGA